GAUUGGCUGGUUGGGCCUCUUCCCCCCACGUGACUCAGGCCGGCCGCCGGUGCUGUUGUCCCGGGCAGAAGCAGCCCGGGGUUCGCCGCAGGUGGCGGCUCCGCGCGGGACGGGCUCAGCCAGGGCUUAUGGCAGCGGCGCAGGGGGUUCGCGGGUGUCUCCUGCGGGGGCCCCUGCGUGCCCGGCCGGGCAGGAGCUGCAGCUCCGGGGCUCCUGUGCGGCAGCAGCAGCAGCAAGCGCUGGUGGCUGCCCCCGCCCCGGCUCACGAAUUGCCAAGCACAAGAAGAAAAGGUUUCCUAACUGAACAUGCUGCCCCUUUCUCUGCUUUCCUGACUGACAGCUUUGGCCGUCGGCACAACUACCUGCGGAUCUCCCUGACUGAGAAAUGUAACCUCAGAUGUCAGUACUGUAUGCCAGAGGAGGGAGUUCAACUGACCCCUAAAUCAGAGCUGCUCACUACCCAGGAGAUAAUCACCCUUGCCAGGCUCUUUGUGAAGGAAGGUGUGGACAAGAUCCGAUUGACUGGUGGAGAACCCCUCAUCCGACCUGACGUGGUUGAUAUUGUGGGUCAGCUGUUCAAGCUAGAAGGGCUACAAACCAUUGCUGUCACAACCAAUGGGAUCAACUUAGCUAGGCUGCUGCCACGGCUGAAGGAGGCAGGGCUGGAUGCCAUUAACAUCAGCUUGGAUACUCUGGUUCCGGCCAAAUUUGAAUUCAUCGUCCGGAGGAAAGGCUUUCAUAAGGUAAUGGAAGGAAUCAACAAAGCAGUUGAACUGGGGUACAAUCCUGUUAAGGUGAACUGUGUAGUGAUGAGAGGCCUCAAUGAGGAUGAGCUGUUGGACUUUGUGGCGCUCACGAAGAACCAGCCACUUGACGUGCGGUUCAUCGAAUACAUGCCCUUCGACGGCAACAAAUGGAACUUCAAGAAGAUGGUGAGCUAUAAGGAGAUGCUGGAUACAGUCAGGCAGAGAUGGCCUGACUUGGAGAAGCUGCCCUGCGAGGCCUCCAGCACAGCCAAGGCUUACAAGGUACCAGAUUUUCAGGGGCAGAUCAGCUUUAUUACGUCCAUGUCAGAGCACUUCUGUGGAUCCUGCAAUCGGCUGAGGAUAACUGCAGAUGGGAACCUGAAGGUGUGCCUUUUUGGGAACUCAGAAGUGUCCUUGAGGGAUCACCUACGGUCCGGUGCCUCGGAGGACGAAUUGGUUCAAAUUAUAGGCUCAGCAGUGGGCAGAAAAAAGAAACAGCAUGCCGGCAUGUUUAACAUUUCCCAGAUGAAGAACCGGCCAAUGAUCCUGAUCGAGGCAGCAUUGAAGUCGACCCCACUACUGCAAGACGCCGUGCAGAAUUCUCCAAGUUCAAAGCAAUGGGGCCACAGACCUGGCCACUGGCUAACGCCAAGAGCAAGUUUAUCCAAGCAGAUGGGAAAAGCAUUUAAGAAAAAUGUGUUUACAGGACGGCAUGCCUUGCCAGGAUCUCACUCAGAGCAACAGCAGCUUGCAGCAGAAAUUCUGCAAGCUCAGGCGCACAGCGUUUGCAUCUUCCAAAAGAAUUUGAGCUCUAGCUCGGACACACAGUGCCUUAGGACAGGAAGUCCUUCCAUUCAGCACACCAGCCACACAGCUCUGGACAGUCACUCAGGGACUGCAGCUGGAAACCAGUCAGAAGAAAAGGGCCCAGGAUCUCACUCCAAAGCCAUAGGUUCUGGCUUGUGCGCCAGUGAACGGGGUCCCUCCAGCAGCCUGACUCACAUUGACCAAGAGGGGCGGGCGGCCAUGGUAGAUGUUGGAAAGAAGCCCGAUUCUGAAAGGACCGCUGUUGCCAGUGCUGUGGUUCGCCUGGGUGAGAAGGCAUUUGGGAUGGUGCGGCAGAACCAGCUGAAGAAAGGAGAUGUGCUGGCAGUAGCCCAGAUCGCAGGGAUUCAGGGAGCCAAACUGACCAGCCAGCUGAUCCCCCUGUGCCACAACAUCCCUCUGAGCCAUGUGGUCGUCUCUCUGAGCCUGGACGAGAGCAGAUGGGCUGUGGUGAUCCAGGCGCUCUGCCACAGCCAGGGUAAGACGGGUGUGGAGAUGGAAGCGCUGACGGCCGCCAGCCUUGCUGCCCUGACUGUGUAUGACAUGUGCAAAGCAGUCACUCACGACAUAGUCAUCGAAGAGGUGAAGUUGGUGAGCAAGACGGGAGGGCAGAGGGGAGACUUCCAGCGAGGAUAGCACUUAUCAGGAGCAUCCCCACGCGGGGAACUGAGGGUGCGGGCUGCUUUGGUGCCAUAUCUGCAGUAAGGCUGAGGAAGCAGCAGCAGGUAUCCUAUAAAAGAAUGUGACUGAGUCUCUGACCGGCCAGGCCAUCUCACUGCUGGGUGCUCCUCAGUUCAGCUCCCACUGGACAGGUCUCUGCCUGUGUCCACCAUGACACUUAGCACCCUUGCCAGUAACCUCAGCAGAGGGGCCAUGGGUCAAAACUGAGGCCCUUCAGCCCGGUGGUGCCAGGGAAGCUGCCCUGGCUGCUGUAACCCAUCCAGUGCUUAGUCAGGCACUCUUCAUCAGUACUGAAUUCACUUGGCAAAGGAACACAAUGAGGAGUAGUUUAUUGUAUCUUUGAUCAAUGACUGGGGCUUAAGAAUUGCUCCUUUCUCCCCAAACUUAAACUCGGAAGAAACUUCAGAAGGAGACAAUGGGGAGUCAUUCUAGAGUCCUGGCCAUUGAGCAAAGAUUUUAAUAAUGGACAGAGGCCCAUCAGCUGGAAUUAUUCAGCUCAAAGUCACCUAAUCACACCCCUCACAACUGCUUGGGUCCUAAAUGGGUCUGAUCAGUACCACAGCAAGGGGAUGGGAGCUUGUGUCCAUGAAUGGAAAAUUAGAUGUUGGUUGACUGAUACCAAAUAGCCCAUGCCUAGUCCUGAUUUCACUGAGGGGCAUGAUGCUGAAUACAGAGGGCUACUGGGGUAGCGGGAACUGUAAUUUGCACACCCUGAACCGCAUUGCUGUAGUUCACUCGUGCCUGCCAUUAUAACCAACUCAUUUGAUGUCCCUGCAUGCUCACAGGCGCGUUCUGAAUCAAUCUCAGUCCAUCAAAGCCACUUCCCACAAGGCAAUAGGCCUCCUUCCUUGCAGGGUCCUGAAGCGAUGGCCUGCAGAGGAACAUCAAAGCUUACUAUGUUACCCCACUCCAGAGCAACCAGCAGGAAGCAUGACCAAAACUGGGUAGCCAUGACAGGCCUCCCCCAAAGAGUCAGUUUGGGCUAUCAAAUAAUUGACUCAGUUUAAACUACUUUGUAUGUUUUUGUACUCUAGCAUGUUUAUGGGCUGUGCCUAAGGGCCUCAUUCUGCUCCUUAGAGAAGUCAGGGCCAGAACUCCUCAAAACAUGAGCAGAAUCAGGCCCUUAAUUUCUGGGACUUGAAAUCCAGCUGAGAUUCCCACCAAGCUCCAGCAGAUUCUGAUUUGUUUUUUUAAUCCACCUGCCUGCCGUGACUGUUUGUAGCCCCUGCUAAUGGCAUGUCAUGGGAUAACCUAGUCUGAUGCUUGCUUCUUCUAUUGACUUUGCAUCCAGCCAGCAGAGGAAGCCCGAGCUAACUCUUCCAUCAAUAAUGCUGCUGUUGCUGAACUCAGUGAUUCUUUUGGCAAACAGGGUCAUAAACAUCCCUUUGCUGUGUUGACUCUGCUCCAGGGAAGGGGAGGAAAUCCUUCAAUAUUUGUCAAAGCAACCCAGGAGAGGGGAAAUUGGAAUAGGCAUUUAGAAGCCUGAAAAAUCAGUCUUCUAAAAGUGAAGUCCUUGAUGUUGCAGAGUCCUAUGCUUUUUUGGUUGUUAAAGCCUGAACCUCUUGAGGCAUGUGGCUAGACAAGGACCUCUGCUUUUUUUAAAAAGGAAAGUUUCUCUGCCAUGAGGAGAACUAGGAAAACUUUGAAGUAUGACCUUCAUUCAUCCUAAAAGCUCAAAGCCAGUGGGCAAACAGAGAACCCUGGGCAAGGGGGCUGGCACAUGUAAUGCUUUUUAAACAUUUGGUGUUGGUUACACUCCGCACUUGAAACGGUCCCCUUGCGAAGGAUGAUCUGCAAAAGCAGGAGUUAAUUUUGCAUGUUUUUUGGAGUGGAGGGGACUAGACACAGUAAAAUAUACAGAUUUGUCAGUCUAAAUUGAAAAACAAUUCUCCCUUUAGAAUCUUGAACUCAAAUUUUGAGAGUUUCUCCUGCUACAGUUGAGAUCAGACACCUAUGGCAGAGCAGGGAUUCCAGCUCUCUCUGCCAUCUUAAAGGCUAGUGCCACCCUGUGCUAUGGCUGGAAAGACGCACAGAAGUCCCUAAUUCAGAUCUUGGCAGACCAAAAGCCUUUUUGCUUAUAAGCCUUGUGUUUAAAAAUGAAGUCAUAGAGUCUUGUGUUGAGGAAUACUUCAACAGUAACAGGUUGUUUUUUAAAAAAAAAAAAACCUACCCCAAAUACUCUUAACCACUCUUUAUUUUAACUUGCUCACCACUGCUAUAUUUUGGUUUUAAACAGUAACCUAAAAGCUUUACCUAAACCUCAAAGACCAGGAGCCCCUAACUUUAAUUUAUGGUGUGCUCCUAUGGCUUAAGUUUCCUGUCCUUUAGAUACCAGUGCUGCCGCCCCCUUUGAUACACACAACAGAGGAAGUUUUAAAACCAGCCUUAUUAACCUUGCUUUCCUAUUAAACUAGAGCUUUCAAGUUACUUGAAAGAAUUCUUUCCUUUGCCUUAUGAUUGAUGAUUAUUGUUGGUACAGCUUGCUCCCUAAAGUUGUGUUUCAAGAAACAUUUUAUCCAGGGGUGAGACUAUACACGACAGCAUCAAGCACAUCCCAGUCACUUCAAAGGAGAUGAGUUCAGGUUUAGUGCAGCAGACUGGGACAGCAGGGUCAGAUUUAAACCUUUAACUGCCCCUCCCCCUUUCCUCUAUACCUGAUUGCCCAUCACUGUGUGCUUUCCAAUCCCUUUUCUUACUAACUCACACCAGCACCAUGGAAGCACUUUGGAGUUCACUGUAGAGUCACUCUGUGUUUUAAGCCAUGUGACUUGUUCAGGUGUAGCUAGGAGUUUGAAAUAUAUAUUUUUUAUGGCUGAGCCAUUAUCCACAACAGCCCAGUAAUAGUAGUGUUGCCAUGACCACUAAGUUCCAAAUUCCACCACUAGAUCUGCUUAGGGGAUCCCAUGAACCACAUGGCACAAGUGGGUUCUAAUACACUUUGCUCUAGAAGUAUGUGGCAGUGUGUUUGUUUAUAUUGAUCAGACCUUUCAUGUAAAGAUUACUUAAAUUAGCACCUCUCUGAAUAUUCUACCUGAACACACCUUAAUAGUAGAUAAGUUACAUAGCUAUGGGACAGACGUGGUCACCGAUGAAUUGGGAGGGUAAGCAGUUCCAGGGGUAUGUCUACACUGCACCUGGGAGUGAGCCUCCCAGUGCGGCUCGACAGACUUGUGCUAAUGGGCUUCUAGCCAUUGCAGCUCAGAUUGGAAUUUGGAGGCUCUACCCUGAGGUACACUUGAGAGCCUGACCUCCAGUCCAAGUCGCAACAUCAAAGUGAUGUCUGCGCAGCUAGUUUUUAGUGCACUAGCAUGAGGCUGUAGUCCUGGGCUAGGAUGCUUGCUCCCCAUGUAGCUAGACCCUUACAGGUUGCGCUGGGUUUCAGCUACUGCGUGGGUGCUGAAUUCCUGGCUAGUUCCUUUCCUGCUUCUCUCGAGCCCACACACCUAUGUGAAGGGGAAAAGUCUUCCUUGUAGAGAACCACUGGCCAAUAUUAGCAACAAUGCUUCCUCAGCCUGCACCGCAUCGCUUCCCGCAGUCCCCAGUGGCCUGGAACAGCAAACUGCAGCUAGUGGGAGCUGCGCUCUGCCAAACCUGUGGCCGCUGCAGGUAAACAAACCAUCCUGGCCCACCAAUGGAUUUCCCUGAUGGGCCGUGUGCCAAAGGUUACUGAUCUCUGCCAUACAGCAUGAAAGGCGUCAUUUAUCAAAAAGCAUUUCAGGUACUUAGAAAACCAAACAGACUAUGAGAUGUGACUUACAGUUACUAAGAGCUCUUCUAUCUGCACUGAGGCAAUGAAAAGAUACAAACACACUCUGGGUGCUCAAAUACCAUAAUUCUGCUCACAAGGUCCUAUUACCACAUCAGACCAUACUGAUUACUUGCCAUCAUGGCAGAGAAGCUCUGCUAGUUUAAGACGAAUAUUGGUUAAUGCACAGAAGAUUCCCUCUGCAAUCCCUCUUGCAGAGCUGGGGGAUGAGGGGAGUCAGGCUUGGAAGCUAAGAUACCACACUUAGGUGCCUAAAUUCUUUUGAGGAUCAGGGCCGAACUCCCACAGACAUCAGUAGCAGUUGGGUGCUGAAAUCCUAGGAGGAUCUCGCCUUAGAUACCAUGGUGAUAGGCAACCUUAAAACUAAGUAGAGUGGUUUCUACAUGUCAGGACUGAAGCGAAUUGGCUGAGCUAAAUAGGGAAAGGACACCUACCUGCACUCUGCCUUUGCCUAGCUUGCUGUAGCCAAGUUGACUCUUACUUUCAUGAGCACUUUUUGUCCAUCAUCUUUAAAAAAAAAAAAAAAAAAAGAUACAGCCUGUUGUAUGAGGUUUUAAAAACAACCACCUGUCCUGAUUCAAGGGGUUGAGGAACGAUGAGUUGUAUUCAGUGAGAGAGAGAAGAAGGUUUAAACCAGAGAUGAUGGUGCAUUUGGACACGUGGCUCCUCGGCUUCUGAAAAUCUGCUAUGGUGCAACAGUUGAUUUAACAAGCCAGGACCCCCAUAGAGACUUUUUGAAUUUCACUAUAAUUCCUGUAUCUUGGAUAAGGAGGAAGUGAGGAUUGUAAGGUUAUCUGAAUAGUUGGGGCAAAUUGACAGCUCAGCUCUAUGUUGGUGCCAUAACAUUUUCUUGUUACAUAAUCAAGCCUUGGAACUAUGCAGUUAUUCUGAUAUAGAUAAGAUGUUGAAUUAAGCAUGAGCGUCCAUUUAUUUUAUGAGAAUGUGUUGCCAAAGGGCACUGGAUAAUAGUGUGUGUGUGAUGUUUGUACCCCUGCUCCAACACACACAGUGUGUUCUCAAUUACGCACAAGUAAACUGGGUCAGUAUUUUAGAGGCUUAUUUUGCUCCAAUACAUUUUUAAUAAAGACUAAUUGUAAUGGAAAUGA